AUGGCUUCCGCAUCCGUCCCGCGCGGCCGCCUUGCCGGCAAGAACACCAUUAUCACCGGAGCCGCUGGUGGCAUCGGUCUCGAAACCUCGAUUCUCUUCGCCAAGGAGGGCGCCAAUGUCCUCAUGACCGACCUGCAGCCCGCCGCCCUCGAGACCGCCGUGAAAAAGGUUCUGCAGCUCGUCCCCAACGCGGGGCGUGUUGAAGGAAAGGUCUGCGACGUCUCCAAGGAAGCCGACGUCAAGGCCGCUGUCGAAGCCCUCGAUAGCUGGGGCGGCCUCGACGUCAUGUUCAACAACGCCGGCAUCAUGCACGCCCGCGACGACGACGCCGUCAACACCCCCGAGGAGAUUUGGGAUCUCACGCAAAACAUCAACGUCAAGGGCGUCUGGUACGGUUGCAAGCACGCCCGUCGUCGCCCUCGUCGGCGCCGCCACCCUCAGCUCGCGUAUACCGCAUCCAAGGGCGCCGUCCUCGCCCUCACCCGCGAACUCGCCAUGGUCCACGCCCGCGAGGGCUUCAGGUUCAACUCUCUCUGCCCAGCUCCGCUCAACACCCCGCUCCUCCAGGACUGGCUCGGCGACGAUAAGCACAAGAGGAUGAGGAGGGAGAUUCACUUCCCCAUGGGCAGGUUUGGCGAGGCUAUCGAGCAGGCUCAAGCCGUUGUCUUCCUUGCCAGCGAUGAGAGCAGCUUCGUGAAUGGUCACGACUUUGCCGUUGAUGGCGGCAUGACCAAGGCCUACGUGACGUCCGAGGACCCUCCGACGCUGGCCCCCGUGAACAACGCUCUAAAAGACUCUUUGGACUCGUAG